UAGAGUAUAGUGAUGAUAUGUCGUCGUGUUGCUGUGAAACAUUUUCGUAGUUCUAAAGAACGUGUAAUUGUUCAUUAUACCAAUAACACACAGCUAAAUAAUAAAGAUAAAUUUUUUUAUGUAAUUUACGAAGUACUAUAAAAUUUAUAAACUACACAUUUGAUUUCAUCAACAUUAUAUUUAUAUCAUGGUUUACGUUACAUAUUUGGGUCUAUUGUGUGCUUUUUGUACGAUUCAAAGUGCUUGGACUUUUUAUUUACCCGGUCUAGCACCCGUCAACUAUUGUAAAGCCGGAGACAAUGUAGAAACAUGCAAGUCAGACAUAGAACUAUAUGUAAAUCGAUUAAACACUCAAGAAUCUGUCAUACCAUAUGAAUAUCAGCACUUUGAUUUUUGCACAACUACAGCAGACAAACCAUCACCGGUCGAAAACUUGGGUCAAGUAGUCUUUGGAGAAAGAAUAAGACCGUCUCCUUACAAAUUGAAAUUCAUGCAAAAUAUGCAAUGUGAAAAAGUUUGCACAAAAACGUAUGUUGCUGGAAAUAAAGAAGAUGAAGAGAAACUAGAAAUUUUAAAAAAUGGAAUGGCUUUGAAUUAUCAACAUCAUUGGAUAGUUGAUAAUAUGCCAGUAACAUGGUGCUAUCAUUUCAAUGACGAUACUGACCGACAGUAUUGUAGUACAGGCUUCCCCAUGGGCUGUUAUUCAAAAGAAAGCCAAACAUCUCAAGAUAUUUGUAAUUCUAAUUAUGGGAAACCAAAUACAUAUUACCUAUUCAAUCAUGUUGACUUAACAAUAACUUAUCAUAGUGGAGAAGCUGAAGAAUGGGGAAAUAAUUUUAAAGAAAACGGUGGAAGAAUAAUUUCUAUUAAAGUAGUGCCUCGAAGUAUCAAACAUCCACAAGAUGCUCCUGAUUGUGGAUUAAAAACACCACUCGAUAUUCCAACUGGAAAGUUAACUCAUGAUCAAAAAAUAGCUAUUACAUAUACAUAUUCUGUUGCAUAUAUUAAGAACAAUACAAUCAAAUGGUCUUCUCGAUGGGAUUAUAUUCUGGAAUCUAUGCCACCUACAAAUAUCCAAUGGUUUAGUAUUCUUAAUUCUUUGGUAAUUGUUCUAUUUCUUUCUGGAAUGGUGGCAAUGAUUAUGCUGCGAACACUGCAUAAAGAUAUUGCACGAUACAAUCAGAUUGAUUCUGGAGAAGAUGCUCAAGAAGAAUUUGGUUGGAAACUUGUUCAUGGUGAUGUAUUCAGACCACCAAGAAAAGGAAUGCUUCUUGCAGUGUUGCUUGGUUCUGGAGUACAAGUAUUUUUCAUGACAUUAGUAACAUUAGCGUUCGCGUGUUUGGGUUUCCUCUCACCGGCAGAUCGAGGGGCCUUGAUGACUUGUGCUAUGGUUUUAUAUGUCUGUCUUGGUACUCCAGCUGGAUACGUUUCAGCAAGAAUUUACAAAAGCUUUGGUGGAGAAAAAUGGAAAUCAAAUGUUUUAUUAACUGCUAUGUUAUGUCCAGGGAUUAUUUUUUGCUUAUUUUUCAUCAUGAAUCUUAUUUUUUGGAGUAAAGGAAGCUCAGCUGCUGUACCUUUUAGCACGCUCAUUGCUCUCUUAGCACUUUGGUUUGGUGUUUCUGUUCCCCUUACAUUUGUUGGAGCAUACUUUGGCUUUAGAAAACGGGCAUUUGAACAUCCUGUACGAACAAAUCAAAUACCACGGCAAAUUCCUGAGCAAAGUUUUUAUACUCAAGCAAUUCCUGGCGUGGUGAUGGGUGGUGUUUUACCAUUUGGAUGUAUAUUUAUUCAAUUAUUUUUUAUUCUCAACUCAAUUUGGUCAAACCAAAUGUACUAUAUGUUUGGAUUCUUAUUCUUGGUUUUUUUGAUAUUAAUAAUCACAUGCUCUGAGACUACAAUUCUUCUUUGUUACUUCCAUUUAUGUGCAGAAGAUUAUCACUGGUGGUGGCGAAGUUUUCUUACUUCCGGAUUUACAGCGGCUUAUCUUUUAAUUUAUUGUAUUCACUUUUUUGUUAAAAAACUCAAUAUUGAGGAUGCAACUUCAACAUUGUUAUACUUCGGAUAUACAAUCAUCAUGGUAUUUCUGUUCUUCCUAUUAACGGGCUCAAUUGGAUUCUUUGCGUGUUUCUGGUUUGUGCGAAAAAUCUAUAGUGUUGUCAAGGUUGAUUGAACAUGUUUACGUGUGCAAUGUCAGUGGUAAGUGAAAAAAACUUUUUGAAGUUUAAUAAUUAAUUACAAAUACAAAACUUGUCCUCAAAAAAUUAAUAAUAAAAUUAUCUGUACGCUGUUUUUGAAGUUGACACCGAGUUAAAUUAUUUUCUGCUUGUUUUAUAAUAUAGAAGAAAGUCAAAAGGUGAAUAAAAAAUUUGAUAAUUAGUAUUUAUUAUCAUUAAUAAAUCUAUUGACUGGUGUCAACCGCGAGAACGCACAAAUUCUCGUGGGACGCAUAAAAUUAAAAUCAGAAAAUUGUUUACCUUUUGUCAACAAAUUUAAUUAAGUAUGACGUCAUGAGAGUAAAAAUGAAAUUUCUUGUAAAUAUAACAUACUGUGACGUCAUUUAUUGUAGUUUACAGUGUAAAAAAUAAUAAGUUAAUUAUGUGGUCAAUAAAUAUUAUAAAACUUUUAUACAUUGGAAUUUAUAUAUUGAUAUUUUAAAUAUAUAAUUUAAUUUAAUUAUAUUUGUUUUUAUAAAUAUUUUGGUAACGAAUAAUGAGAGUAUUCUUCUUCUAAAUCACAUAUUUUUUCUUAUGACGUCAGACAUUAUUUGAAAAGUUUGAUAAUAAUAGGUGAAUAGUUACCGGAAAAGGAGUGGGACUUAAAUAAUCUAAAGGCUUUUAUUAAUUAUUAUAUUGAUUUCAUUGAUUUUAAAAUAAGAAAUGACAAGCCUUAUUCGAGAACUUUUCAUCACUUCUAGAUUAUUAAUUAGAAAAGUAUUACUUGCGUUUGAAAAAGUUGAGUGUAAAACAUUCUAAUAACGAUUCAAUAUUUUCAUUUAUAUUUUAAUAUAUGUUUAUUGAUAAUAAGGCUAUGAUUUGUCAUUGUUAUACAAAAAAAAAUUCAAUAUAUUGUAAUACCUAUAAUUUGUAAUUAAAAUUAACAUCAACCAAAAAAAUAUUAUAAAUUGUAUUUUCAUAUUAUAAUUUUAAUGAUGUAUUAAUUCUUUGAAAUUUAUUCAUUAUUAAAAGCUAGUCAAAAUCAUAAUAAUAAUUACCUUUGUAUAGUUUAUAGAUUCAUCCUUUUAUUAUAAUUAAAAAAAAAUUGUCACUAACAGCUAUAAAUUAUAUAUGACUAAACUAAGAUUAAUGGACUGACUUGUUUCUUUUGAAACAUGGCUAUAAAACAUCUACUACUUACUCUCAAACCAGCCAUCUAAUCAAUCAUAAGAGUUAUUUUCAAACCAAGUUCAAUACUUUUCUCUCACCAAAGUGAUGAGAAGUAGUAUUCAUAAGAAUAACUGUAUAAAAUAAAUAAUGAAGUGUACAAAUUGGUCAGUAAGUCAAAGUAAAUUACAAAAAAAAA